AGCCUUUAUCAUAUGAUUGCUCAUGGCUUGGAAUAUAAGAAUAGAAUUGUGCUGGUGUAUACUCGUCAGUUGGAUUUUUGUAGUGGAUGCGCUCAAGUUGAAUCAACAGAGUAUAAACAAGCCCUUAAAAGUACAUCAUUAUAUGACGAGUAGGGAAAUACGAACAUAUUUUGGCGUUGACACACAUGAAAAAGUUCCCGAGUAUGAUGUCACAAGCCCGUUCCAAGCGGAUGAAUCCGGUAACUUUCUCAGCUACAAACUGCAUGAGCAUGCGCGACGAAAGAGAGACGCCAGUCAUGACGAACCAAACCUUUGGUACUAUCAAGUGCAGGCAUUUGGUGUGUCCCUUCAUUUAAAUCUCACCAAAAAUAAUAAUCUCCUAGCACCCGGCCUGGUGGUUGAAAAGAUAAAUAAGAAUGGCAGCAAGGAAUAUAGUGAACCGCCGCACUCCGCCUUCUACGCUGGACACGUGACUUCAGAUCCCAACUCAGUGGUUGCUAUUGGCAACCAUGAUGGACUGAAAGGAAUUAUUAAUCACUUUGGAAGUUCCUUCUUUAUGCAACCGUUACCUUCCCGCCUCGCAAGGUACCAUGGUGUUUCUAGUGGUUCUCAGCCACAUCUCAUUUUCCGGCGAUCUUUGGAUAAUGAAGAGAGCAGAUUUGGAGUCAUAGAAACACAGUUAAAAAGGAAAUCAUCAUUAGAUAAGGAAACAAGCAGAAGCUUCUCGAGUUCUAGAAAAUCAAGAUCCGUCCCAGACAAACAUCUAGAGGUUCUACUGGCAGCUGAUCAUCUGUAUCUGAAUAAAUUCGACAGCGAUAAAGAAGCCACGGAUCUGCUUUUAACACUAGCUAACAUUGUAAAUGCAAUGUAUCAUGACGAAAGCAUUGGGGAGAUCAAAGUCACCAUUUCAGUUGUAAAGAUAGUACUGCUUCAUCAUGGCCUAAGUUACACUAGUAAGGCAACUUCAGGACAAAGGCUGAGUGCCAUGGAAGUUUGGAUUGGUGGUAAUAUGCCAGAGUCAGACGCUAAUAAAGAACAUGGAGACCAAGUUCUGCUUGUCAGCGGCCAAGGAUUUGGAGGCUUAGCUCAAAGUGGAUCAACCUGCAAAGGGUAUGGGGCAAGUGUAAGCAAUGGUGACUUGGGCCUAGCGACCGCCUUAAUCAUGGCUCACGAAAGUGCACACGCCCUUGGCGUUGGUCACGACGGUAACAAAGAAGCUGGUUGUCCAGACGACACGUUCAUCAUGUCCACCACAACAACGGGAGGGAAAAAUGCCUUCAGGUGGUCUCCCUGCAGUAGCGCUACCUUACAGUCUUUCCUAAGCGGUUCAUCUUCGUCUUGUUUAAACGACCACCCUCUCAAAGAUAUUUCCGGAUCAAGAGCCAAUCAUAAUAAAUUACCUGGUCAAGUGUACGAUAGCGAUGCACAAUGCGCACUUCAGUUUGGUGCCAGCUAUAAACUGUGUCCAAGGAUGAGGUCGAGUUGCGGCUCUUUGUAUUGCACAAAGGACGGCGGUGCCUCUUGUGUGAGCAGCGUUGUGCCACAAGCAGAUGGUUCAAAAUGCGGUGAAAGACAGUGGUGCAUUAAAGGAGAAUGCGUUGAUGACGGAUCGCCGAUGAUUGACGGAGGUUGGAGUCAGUGGUCAAGCUAUGCAGAAUGUUCAUAUUCCUGUGGUGGUGGUGCACAGUACAGAACAAGAACUUGCACUAAUCCCCCACCUAAAAAUGGAGGCAUGGAUUGCGAAGGGGAGAGUGUAGGACAUUGGAGAAUAUGCAAUCCAGAGGCUUGUCCAGAGGGAACACCGACCCAUCGAGAGGCACAAUGCACCGCGAAAUGGUCAGGAUCAUAUCCCCAUAAGUUACCUAACAGACAUCCUUGUCAGUUGGUCUGUAAGUAUGGAACCAAAGGCCAGCCAUAUGGAACUGUGAAAGAUGGAACACGAUGUAACCUGGACAGAAAAAUCAAAGAUGUUUGUAUCGGAGGCAAAUGCAAGUCUGUUGGUUGUGACAAUAUUCUGGAAUCUGGUGUGAAGUACGACCGCUGUAAAGUUUGUAACGGAGACAGUACAACCUGCAAAAUGGUCUACGGCAAAGUACUAACGCCCUGUAAAGGAAGUUGCACAGUUUUAGACGUUCCCAUUGGUGCAACGAAUAUAACGGUCAAUGAAGAAGUGGAAGACUGGAAUUUUCUGGGUGUAAAAGAUGAUUCUGGAAAAGACGUAUAUCCUGUGAUGCGUACAUGGAGUACAUCUAAACCCGCUGCAGGGACCAUUGUGUAUUAUUAUCACGAAAAGAACGAAGACGCUGAUAGAGUCUUCAUUCCCGGACCAACCAAUGAACAUCUUCAAGUCUACUAUAAGCAAUUUGUUGCAAGGCAGCCAGUGGAUUACUCGCUUAAUGAACCUGCUGGCGAUGAACAUUUAAAACCAGGAGCAGCUAAUUGGGUUAAAGGCGAAUGGAGUGUAUGCACGCACUCAUGUGCAGGAGGAAUUCAAACGAGAACAGUGGAAUGUAUCUUACAAACAGACGCGACUUAUUUAAAUGAUGCCGUUUGCGAAAAAACGACUCCAAAACCCGCUAAACAGCAGGACUGUAACACACAGAGCUGUCCUCCUACUUGGUACGUAUCUGGAUGGCGUCCAUGUUCUAAGACUUGUGGUAAAGGAGCGCAAACACGUGAAGUCGUUUGUCGACAAGAGGUAACCAGAGGAAAAUUCCAAACACUAUCCGACUCCAAAUGCACCGGCAACAAACCGUCUGACCCGGUGUCACGUGACUGCAAUAAGAUAGACUGCCCUGCUGAAAACGUUCCAGGAGAUUGGUCAGCCUGUUCCACUUCAUGCGGAGCGGGAAUCAAAACCAGGAAAAAGUCUUGUCAGCGUUUAAAAGAGACAGGUGUGUUUGAGCCUGUUCCGGAGGUCAUGUGUUCGGCAGCAACUGUUCCCCCUUUACAAGAAGGCUGCAAUCAGGAUGUAAAAUGCCCAGGUGAUCGCCUGUACGAACCAUUAGGAUGUUUCAGAGACGGUAACCCUAGAGCCUUACCACUACCGAUCAAAAACUUAAGGAAGGGCAUUAACUGGCGUGACAUGUCCGAGACCGUGGCGAAAUGCGCCAAGGCGACAGCAGAGAGAGAUCCUAGUCUGAAGGUGUUCGCCCUUCAGUUCUACGGUGAAUGUUUCUCCGGUACCAAUGGUUUAAAGACAUACGAUAAAUACGGUGCCCUGCCUUACGGUGAAGAUAAAAUUGAACAUUGUUGGGAAGGAGUGGGAAGUGCUGGAAUCAAUUUUGUUUACAAGUUUGUCGACUAAAGUGGAUUGGACUGAUGAUAAAACCUCUCUGAAUACGAUGUGAAGAAUAUUCAAACAAGAUCAAAGAAAAAGGAAUUACGGAAAAAAAUAUCAAGCACCUAACAUAACAGUUUAUGUAGUUACGAAUACUUAGCGCCAUUUUUCUUCCGUUUGCAAAAAAAAAACUUACUGUUAAGGUAUCAUGGGUGAAAUAUUAAACAGUCUAAAUA